AUGUCAGCACCACCUAGACUUAGUGCUCGAGCAUCACUUUUAGAUAAGAAACCAACUACUACUGCAGGUAGUUCAACAACAUCCGGCGGUGGUGGUGGUGGUAGUGGUAGUGGUAGUUCUACACCAAUGAUCAAUAUAAAAUCAUCUGGUGGAAUAACUAAACCACCUUCACCUAUUGCUUCACCACCACUUUCACAUAGAACAACACCGUCGUUAUCAUCGAUGUCAUCUAUCUCUAGAACAUCGAAUAGUAGUCUAAUUGGUAAUCUUUCAUCACAUUCUCGAGGUAGUAGUGGAUCUGGACUGAAUAGUUUAUUAAAUAACAACAUUAGUAAUCAACAACAACAACAAUCAAAGCUAUCGGUUAAUAACCCAUUGAAUCGUGUACAACAACACUCGAGAAAAGCAUCUAGAUCCAGUGGAAGCGGUGGAAGCUUCGGUGGCGGAGCUGGUGGUCCGAGAUGGGGAAGCAAUGUUCUUAGCUACCAAGACUAUGUCGAUGAGGAGCUGUUCUAUUCGACACCGACAGAGGAAGACGAUGAGGAAUUCGAGCAGAUUCGUAAUCUACUGAACUCAGAGUAUUCGAUUACCACGCAUCAAACGGGUGGUCCGCUCAAAGGUGGACAACUCGUGGUGCUCUCGUGGAAGAACGAUGCCGCCGACAAGUCAACCAGUGACGAACAACUGGAGAACGAUUCAAGAGAUCUUCAAUUCCUGAAGGAAUCGCUAGGCAAAACCAAUUCACUGGCGAAUCAGAUGGUUUUCAUUUUGGAUCGGUUCAACGACGGUCUCUCCAGUUUGGAGCAUGACGUCGCGCCAAUCAACGCGUCGAUGAAAGAGUGGUCGACCAUCUACAACAACAUCAAUCUGACGAUGGAUUCGAUACGUUCGGUGCUGGAGCGUUUCGACCUCUCCAAGAUCGAACAAAAGAUAAGGGAGGGUGCAAAAGGUGACUAUGUUUCGUAUAUGGCGACACUCGAUAACGUCGUGCAAUCGAUCGACUUUCUUCAGGCGAAUCACAACUACAAAGCUGCCGAUAAAGCGCUGGCGACGCUCAAAGAGUUGAAAUCUACGGGUUUGUCAGAGUUGGAGAGCAACUUCAAGUCGCUACUCCUAAAGAUUAGCAAUAUCAUCGAUCCAACUACAAUCGGUCAACUUCCAUCGAGUAAGCGCUACCUCGCUAUCAUUUCACCGACGGCAAUCGAAGAGAUUGCCAAAUCGAUAGAGUUGUUUCAACGUCUUCAUCAUAUGUCGUUCCUGAAGGAGUACAAAGAUAAGCGUAACAAAUUCCUGUUGCUGUCACUCAGCAAGAUGUCACCGGAGAAGUUUGCCAAGUCAACGUCGGAAUCAAAGAACAACUUGGCGUACGUCAAAGGUACUCAUCCACUGAUUGCCUACGUACAUGAAACGUUGAGACUCUAUCAAAUCGAAUCGGAUCUUGCAAGAGAGUUGUUCGGCGAUCAGUAUCAUACCAUCUUGGAGGAGAUCAUUCAUCCUUCACACGAACUACUACUCGAUACAACGGAACCAAUCAUCAAGGCAAAGAAAACAAGUGAUAAAGUAUUCGGUAUAUUCCCACUGCUCGAUCUCUUUGAUACCUUUACAAAGUUACAACCAGAGUUUGCAGCUGCACUCUCUGAACGUGACGGUAAGCAUAUCUCUGACAUCAAAGAGAUCAUCAAGAUUCUAGAGACAACCUGUAGUUCACUACUAGAGUUUAACAUCGAUGAUGAAUUUAGAAAGGAAGAGAAAUAUGAUCAAUCUACAACCGUUGAUCAAACUACAUCAAAUAGAUUAAUUGAAUAUAGAGGAUCGGUUGAAUUCUUAUUGAGUAGAAGUAAAUCGUCUUCUUUCAAUGACUUUUUAGACAAGACGUUGAGAGGAUUGUUCAAGUAUUUACAAGCGAGAAGUAAGAAGGAUUUCUUGGUGAUAUCGUCAGCGAUCGAACUCAACAACAAAGUACCGUUCCGUGGAAAUAUAUUCUUGAUUAAUAACUAUCAUAAAUUAAAAUUCGAAGUACCAGAUCAUGAGUUAAGAGAUAAACUAUCAUCAGAUGCAAAGGAAAUCAUUACAAAAAUAUAUGAAAAGUUUAAAGAAUUAUGUAGACAAGAUAAAAUACAUUUAGAAAAGAAUUUCACACCUUUUGAAUCAAAUGAUGAUAUCAACAGAAAGAUCGAUAAAGUAUUUGAAAGUCAAUAUUAA